CUUUGCAAUGCAAACCUGACGGGCCCAGGAGGAGGGACCUUCUCCCAGAGGCGGGAGCAGAAAGUGAGCUCAUACCGGGGGAGGAGUGAGUGACGUCUUUCUGGUAAAGUCAGAAAGGGAGGGGAAGGGCAGAAGGAGAGAAAAAGGAAGCUCUCCGAUUAGUAUUUUGUGUAUAUUUCUUCAAAGUUACACAAGCUUUCUCAAACGGAAGGUGGGCUCGGUUUCCCGGAGGACGCCGCUGCGCUGAGGAGGGAGAUCCGACGGUGGAGGGAAGGCGCCAGUUUGACAGCAGACGUGCACAGCUGAUGACAGCAUAAAAUAUUAACACUUCUCAAGGCCCUGGGCCUCGAGUGACCAAAGAAAGAUCCUGGACAGAGGAAAUAAGAAAAGAAAUGUCUUCUGACUUGGACUCCAGUCUCACCAGCAUUGACUGGCUGCCCAAACUGGGAGUCAGCAGCCUGCGCUCGGGGAAAGAGAGAGGAGGGGAGAGGGAGAGAAGGAGAGACAAAGGGAGAGAGAGGGGCGACUUUGUGCCGUCAGUGCCGAGCCCCUCGCCAUCAAACUGUAAAGGGAAACCCCCCCACAGCUACGCCACCCUCAUAGCCAUGGCGAUAGCAGCUGCACCAGAGAGGAAGCUGAGCUUAAACGACAUCUACACCUGGAUAAGCAACACUUUCCCUUAUUACAGCCGAGCCGGCCGAGGAUGGAAGAACUCCAUCAGGCACAAUCUGUCCCUGAACAAAUGCUUCAGGAAAGUUCCUCGGCCACAGAAUGACCCCGGCAAGGGCUCCUAUUGGACGAUGGAUGGGCCUCCAGAGUCCAUGAGUCCGGCAAGGGCUCCAAAGCGCCCCUAUCCUGAGGAGGAAGAGGAAGAGGAGCUUCAGCAUAUUCCUCCACCUGCAAAGGCGGCAGCGGUGAGAGGGCCCUCUCCCCACCUGGACCCGCAGUUCACCACGUCCCCAGCCAGACCCACCCAGCACCCUCCGUCUCCUCACGAGGAACCGUCGCCCUACAUGUCAGCCCAUGCCUCUGCUCUACCUGCCUCCCAUUUAUCUGUUUCUCAAUCAGCUGAGCUCCCGCCAGCAGCCCCCAUGUCAUCCAUCAAUUCCUUCCCUCCUCCCCUCCCGCCUGGCUCCACCUUUUCUGUCCCUGCAGCGUCUGCAGCUGCUCCCUCUUACUCCAACUCCGCCCUGUCCUUUCCCGCCAACUCGGGUCCUCUACCCGUUCCCACUUUUUCCUGCACUUCCAGCUCUACGCCCGUUUGCACCGUGUCCGUUCCCAGCUCCUCCUGCCCCGCCCCACCUCCGGCGGCGUCGGGGCACCACGCCGCCGACCCUCCUCUGCGCUUCUCCUUCGAGGACCUGAACAUACCGGACCUGUACGCCUCCUUCAAGUCCCUUUUCAAGACGAUGCGUGAGAGGGGAGGCUCCAUCUCGGACGUCGCUCCCCUGCUUGUUCCCAGUAACGACACUACGCCUCUUCACACCCCAACGCUGCCGCCGUUCUCCCCUCACCCCGCGCCUGCGCUGACUGCACCGCCAGUUGCAGGUCAGCAACCGGUUGCAGGUCCACCGGCCGCGGCGGCCGUGCAAGCUCCACAUCCCGCAGAGUCGGAGCGCGUUUCGCAACUCACGGUGCCAGCCGAUUGGUUCAGCAACACAGAUUCGCUGAAGGAGAGCUUCCGCAUCGCCAGCAAUCUGGACUGGGCAAACAUAGACCUGUCCAGUCACCCAGACCUGCUGGAGAGCAUGAAGCAGGCUGAGCUGUGCGACUGGGCCCUCGACCCCGGCCUCUUCACCUCCCUCUGCGACUCUCUGAACCGCUUCUUUUCUCAGAAAGGCAUGAUCAGCCCUGGAAACAACUCCCCAGUUACCCAUGGUGCACCUCACUUCCUGCAGCCGUCGCCGCUGACGUCCAACCCUCCUCCGACCCUCACCAGCCUCACUCACCCCUCUCCCCUGCCCUACCCCAGCACUCUGCCUCCCACCAAUGGCACACAGCUGCCCCGGAGACCCCCACCCAUGCAGGGGCCCGCUCUACAGAGACCACAUCUGGCGAACGCAGCUGGGAUCCAUCCUCAGCCCGGGGCGCCACGACAACGUCCUCCACUGAAGAACCUGCACAGCAACAGUGAGGAGUUCCAGGAUGACUUUGACUGGGACUCUCUCAUCCUUUGAGCCUCACUUCCUUGUGAUGGAGAAAAGAAAAAAAACAACAAAACAAAACACCAAAUAUUUCAGCAAAAAACUUCACUUCCUGUUUCCCCUGACAGCAGGUCUGGGAUCAGGUUCAUCACUAAUGACUGAAUCUUAAGAGUUUUACGUUUGUCUUCAUUUAAAUUCAUAGGCUGUAAUAUUGUAUUGCUUAUCUUUUGUGGGUAAGUGGCUUCAUAUGUUAGAUUUUUUUUUUCCUCCCAAAAGAUACAGAAGUCAUGAAAAACAGUCACACACACACACUCCCUGUUUUUGUUUUAUUUCAUAAAUUUCUGUAGAUUUUUUUCUCCAUUUUUCUUUUCAAAUGUGAAUGUUCACAGUUGACACCACACAAAAGUCAAACUUACCCAAUAAAAGAUACUUCUCUUGAUAUAAAAUAAUAAAUUCAUCCAAGCUAAAUUAAAAGAGCAGUAUGGAGCAUGUCUUCAUGUCCCCGUGUUGUCUCCGUUCACUCAACGAAAUAAUUGUCUCUUUGAAGAAGCAUCGGCUGAAACUCCCUUUACAAAGAAAAAAAAGGGGAUGAAACACGAAGACAGUGUUGCUUUGGGUCGCCUGAACUCCAGGCAUCCCAGCUGAAAUGGGUAAUUCAAAAUAAAAGAUUGGCAGAGAAAUCACAACCCAUAAAAUACCUCAUUGAAAAACCAACCUUACAUAUCACAGGUGAUCAUUUUCAGAAAUACUCCCCCCCCCCCCCCAUUCAGUCUCGCUGAAAUGAGAUCAGACACGAGGAGAAAUGGGACAAAGUACUGAAACAAACACAAAACUGGCAUCUGAUAAAUAAGCAUUUGUGUUCUCAUUCGCCCUCGGCCGCAAACAAACACACUCGGUUAGUUAUUCCUGCCAUCAGACCACAUGUCAGAGCUUUUUUUUUUUUUCUUUCUUUUUUUUUCCUACAACAGUAGGGAAAGAAAAAAAAAAGAAAAGCAUCUGAUCUAAAUGGCAUCAUCACAUGAUUUUCCUUGUUUAUUAGUUCCCAAGUAUUGGAAAAAAAUAAAUUAUACUCAACAUUAAAUUAAAUUAAAAGUGAACUGGUUGAAACAGUUUGACCACAUUGUGACCGAAAUGUUAAUGCAGGUUUUUUUUUUUUUUUUUUAUCUCAGUCUGGGGCUCCGUUUAAAAAUCAUCCUUCAUGCACUCGUUUCAUUUCAGUGAUUCAGUGUUUGUCUUCGCUCUAGACGGAGGGACAGAGGGAGGAGGAAGAGGCAGGUACGACAGUUUCUCUGCUCAGUUCGUUAGUGGCUGUGUGACCUCUUCCUCCGGCUCCCUCUCGUGUGCAGUAGUACUAUGAGUGGAGAGUGACACUACUGG